UCCUGUCUUUAAUUAUUUGCUGUGUGGUGGACAUCUUGGGAUUUGUAUUAUGUACAUACCAAAUCCCGUUUGACAGGUAGUACAAUUUAGUUAAACGUUAAAAAAUGAAACUUUAUUUGAAAAAAAUAAGUGCGAGGAAAAGUGCAACUUACUAUUAGAGGAUGUCGAUAAAAUGAUGUCAUAAGACAGUACCGUUAUAUUCUUUUUAGUAUUGUAAUAUUUUUUGCAGCGCAUCAGGUUUGUUUGCGGAGGCGCGCACAGGCUGCUUCGGUGCAAUUAUACGCAAAAGAACUGCCUCCCUGAUGCGUGCGUGACCGUUCCAACAGCCUCUUGCGCCUAGUGUUACAGUCGCCUGCUUGCGCCUUCUAGAAACACUGCGAGGAUGUGCAUAUGGGAUCCAGAGGCUUAGUUUAUAAUUUAUUAUAAUUUGCAGAGGCUGUCUAUCGCGAUUCAGCGUGGCAACCCGGCGAGCUUGAUGGGCAUCUUUGCGACUGGGAGGGUUCGGGACGGGUUGUUUGAUUAGUUUUUGUAUUUGUGUCUUUAUAUUUAGUUUUACUUCUAUUUAGUUUAGAGUCCAUUUUAAUGUUUUUUCGAGUAAUUAAAUAUGUAAUAGUUUUAAGGAAAAAAUUUUUUAGUACUUAUAGGUUUAACUAACGUAGGAUUAAGGGAAGUGUACAUUCCCUAUGGACAUGGUCAGAAAUAAAUCCUUUGAAUUGAAUUGAAUUAUAAUCGCUUUUACAAUAGAAUGAACUAAGUUAAGGAUACUUAUGCUAUAACGGUCCAGGCCCGGGACGAGGCUUCCGUCGCUUCUUUUUCUAUGACAGGUGAUCACGUGAUAGUUUCUAUACAAAACCGAAGUGUUGGAUGCCCCGCCUUCUUGUAGAGAGAGUCAUCCUUUGUUAUUAUUUUUUUUUCUUUAUAUUCGGGACAAAAAACAGUAACACACAGGUUAAGACACAAAAAUAAAAUACAAAGAAUAAUGAAGUGUGAGACCAACAACAUCGUCCACAGAUUACUAGAUUACCUACUGAUAAAUCUACAAUAUAUAGCGCUAGGUAACAAUAUAAAGGAUAUAAAGCUAAAAUUAACACAGCUACGGUUACAACAUUAUUCGUUGUAUCUUUAAUUAUUGUCAGAAUGACUUGAGGCAAUCUUAGAUGUGAGAUAUUUAGAGUUACAAUAAGACUAAAAAAAAGAAGUAUGCACGUAGAUAAUAAAGGAUAGUUCCUGUUAGUAGACUCAUAAUUAAUGUUGUUUACUUCAAGGAUGACUCACAUUUUGUUAUUAUGAUUUAUAAAUUUCUUGCUGUCGAUAACACUUGAGUCGAUACUUAAUUAAUCACUAACACUGGUACCUUUUGCGCCCGAAAAACCGGGCUAUGCGUUUACGUAGUACGGAACCUCACCUUUAUUUUUCGAUUUCCCUUCUUUAUAUUUAUACCUAUAAUAAGCAGUGUAAGUCCUUAUAUAUGAAUGAUAAGGCAUACUAAAUAUAGUCCCGUGGAAGGAACACUGGAAACAACAUGUCCCUUAAAUUACUCGUGUUUGUGAUCGGACUAUACAUCGCAGUAGCCUCUCGCUGUGAACACUUCUACAGAAAAGACUAUACUUACAUCGACCAGUUCGACGCCUUCUACAAGCUCCACUGGGACCUGUCGGGGCAGACCUGGGGCUCCGCCUUCUUGGCCUGCGACGAUGAGGGGGCAGCCCUGUUCUAUCCGAAGACAGCAGAUGAGUGGAGCGUUGUGAGAACCCUGAUCGCGCCGAUGAAACUCAAGCCUAAUGUCACGGAGAUUUUUGUUGGGAUACAUGAUGAGUUUGGGCUCGGAGAGUUCAUGACUGUCGAUGGCAUGUCUACACCAUCUCCUCUACCAGACAAAGACCAAGAUUUGGAAGGCCAGAGCGCUUGCGUGGUGAUGGAAAUAGAUUCUGGCGCCUACAAGCUAGAGGCAUGUGACACGGAUAGUAUAAAGCCUUUUGUCUGCAAAAAGGUCGAAGAGGUUAUUCCAUCCUGUCCUACCAUCGAUCGUGGUUACACUUACGACAAAAAGACCAAAAAAUGUUACAAGCUCAACCAAAGAAAAAAACCAUGGACCGAGGCCAUGCAGACCUGCUUUAUGGAAGGUGGGAUCCUGGCGGUGGUCACCAGUGCUGACGAGGCGGAUGUCAUCUUCCAGAAGUUGCCAGAAUAUGAGGAAGAGUAUUUUGUUGGAUUUAGAAGACUGUUUCCCAAUGGAGACUUUUAUACGGUGAAAGGUCAACAAUUCGACAACACAUUCUAUAAACGCUGGCGAAACAAUGGAAACUACGAGAACGAAUCAACCAACGAUUGCGGGACGGUAUCGAAAAGAUACGACUACAGAGAUCUGUUUACCGGCACGAGGAAUUGUCUCCAACCUGCUGCUUUUGUGUGCGAAAUGAUCGCUAGGACUUGAAUUUGGAGGCAGAUAAGAUUUGAUUUAAUCAUGAAAUAUCUUUAUUGUAAAUAGUUCUUCAAUCAUUGAUAUAGUUAGUUUUAUGUUAUUUUAAAAUAGCAAGCAUGGGCAAGCGUCGGAGAGCAAAGACCUCAUGCCAGAUGGGCAAACGACAUAAUAAAAGUAGCGGGGCCCUGCUGGCCACAAACAGCUCAGGACAGAGAAAAAUGGAAAUCUUUAGAGGAGGCCUUCACCUUCACCUAAGAGGAGGGGUUCGUGCAACAAUCAAAAAAGAAAACACAUAAUAAUUCAUUUUACUUUUUUCAAAUUAAUUUUAGUUUUUUCUCACCUUAAAAAUGUAACUUUUAUUCUUUGCAUGAAAUAAAAGGCUUUUUAUAUAUUA